UUGUGUAGGGGCUGUUUUCAUAUACUCGGGCCAUAAUUUAAUUUUAGUUUUUUUACACGGGUAAUUUUUUCUAAAUAAACAUUUCUUAACAAGCAAUCUUCCCUACAGAUUGCUGUGAGAAAUGCCUCUUUUAUAAAUAUAAAAAUACUUGAAACAUUUUGUAUAAUGAAAUCAUUUCCUAAGUGACAACUAUGGUAUAAAUAAAGUGAAAAUAAAAACUCAAGUGAUGGUCGGUCACCCAAACACAAAAGAAGUUCCUAUUAGAUUGAUGCGAUUUGGACACUUUUUCAAAGUUAUUUUUGCAGAAAAAUAUGUAGUAAAAUUUCCAACAAAUGUAGCUGUAAAGUUUCUACUGUGACAUAAGAAAAGAGUUGGAAAGAUGCAAAUUAAAAGGUGCGACUGCAAAAAUUAUUUGCCCACACAUAUGCAUUUGUGAAUAAUAAGGUGAAGUAAUUAAAAAUAUAUACUCUUCAAACUAGCAAGUCUUUGGAGAAAAAAGCAUUAUUCUUUUGCUAACAAUAAAACAAAUGCAGAAUAUUUAAAAUUUAUCUAAUAUGCAAAGCAGAGAGAUAUAAAUAACGUCACGAAUUUGUAUAUCAAUAGACAUAAUUACAGAUAAUAUCAUAUAAAUCUGAUACCUUCGUUAAUACAUAUACACAUAUGUAUGUAUGUACAAUGCCGCUUGAGUGGAUAAAUAAUAAGCGGCGCAUGGGAAUUGUGACAGCUGCAUUUAGUGCUAACUAAAGUAAUAAUAAAGUUGCGCGUCUGAUACAAAUCUACUACACUACAAAUCACACCUAUAACUCUAGAACCAUACUCUCAUCAAAGCAAUAGGUUAAAGGAUAUUAAAAAUGAAAUGCGUACAGAAUUCCAUGACACUUUUUACAUAUUGAAUGUCUAUGUAUAAUUUUGAAGAAGGACAUACACACAAUGCAGUAAAAGAAUUGAUUUUACACCAAAGGAAAUCUAUUUUGAUCAACCUAUCCAGAAGGAUAAUCUAUCGAAAGAAAAACUUAACAAUAUAUUUGUAACAGACUACUAACGAGUGAGCGAUAAUGUUUAAAAUACGUCAACGUAAUUGUUUACUAGGGACUGCCUUCGUGGUGCUAGUUCCCUGUCUGGUUGGCCUAUUUAUUGUGGGUCCAGAAUUAUCCACCGAACAGUCACUGUCACAACAAUUGGCCGAAUGCAGAUUCCGACUGCAGUACCUUGAAUCUAUGUAUCGAUCGAGACAAGAAGAUGUUGCUAUACUUUCCCAGUAUUUGCAUCUUAGUAAUGCGACAACAAUCGGCUUGGCGACUGUUGCUCCAUUACCGUACGGUAAUGAAUUCAACACCAGUACAUCGGCCAUGCCAGCCGCCGGAUUGCCUACUCUACUCAAAUCGUUGAGUCCUGAAGCGAGACAAUUAAUUAAAAAUGCCACACACACACAUACCACACAACGUUUUAGUUCAUCACCGGUUAUACGCCUGCCGACAGCAUAUAAUUUUCUACCACAUCUACUGGAUGAUUCCGCAUCAUUGCGUCCGGCUUAUAUACGUUCGAAAGGUCGAACAGAUGUUAGUAUUGUGUUAGGCAUACCGACUGUAAAACGUGAAAAACAGUCGUAUUUAGUGAGCACAUUACAAAAUCUCAUCGAAAACAUGAAUGAGGAGGAGCAAAAUGAAACUUUAAUUAUUGUUUAUAUUGGUGAAUUAGAAGAGGAUGUCGUCCAUACAAUAGCCAAACAAGUCGAGUUGAAUUUCGAAGCUUAUGUGGAAUGUGGGCUGAUUGAUAUUAUAGCACCCUCACCGUCUUAUUAUCCAAACUUUGAAACAUUACGUAUAACUCUGCAAGACUCUUUGGAACGUGUUAAGUGGCGAAGUAAACAAAAUCUGGACUUUGCUUACUUGAUGUCUUAUGCGCAAUCAAAAGGCACAUUCUACGUUCAAUUGGAAGACGACAUAUUGGCCAAAUCGCAUUUUAUUACAGCUAUGAAGAAAUUCGCCAUAACCAAAAGCGCCCUAACCAAACCCGAUCAGCCAUCGUGGUUUGUUCUGGAUUUCUGCCAGUUGGGUUUCAUUGGCAAAAUGUUCAAAUCGGCAGAAUUACCAUAUUUAAUAACAUAUUUUCAAAUGUUCUACAAUGAUAAGCCAGUGGAUUGGCUGCUACUCUAUUUUAUCGAAUCGAAAGUUUGUCGCUCAGACAAAGAUCAAAAGCAUUGCAAUUUGGAACGUGCCAAGUAUUGGUUGCACUAUCGCCCAUCGUUGUUUCAACACAUAGGCACCAGUUCGUCGCUUAAGGGUAAAGUACAAAAGUUGAAGGAUAAACAAUUCGGCUCUAAAGUACCGUCAUUCCAUCCACAUAUGCACAAUCCACCGGCGCGUGUCCGCUCAAAUAUUGUGGCGUACAAAAACUAUUUACUGAAGCGUGCCUAUCGUGGUGAGACAUACUUCUGGGGCUUAUUGCCGCAGCCCGGCGAUUUGGUGCGAUUCAUGUUCGAUAAACCGUUACUUUUACGACGCUAUCUCUUUCGCAGCGGCAACAGCGAACAUCCAUCGGAUCGUUUCUACAACACCACCGUAGAAGUGUUACCUUCAGAUACGUUGAGCGAAAAUUCAUCUGUAUGGAGUGCGUAUAACUCUACAACGGAUGAAUAUCUCAUUGUGGGUGCAUUUGAUGGUUUGGGUGUAGCCGAGGGUACAAUCGAUCCUAAAAUCGGUGCCAUCAAGGAGAUACGUUUGCAUGUGCAUAGCGACAGUGAAAAUUGGGCAUUAUUGAGUGAAAUCGAUUUGGAAACAAAUAGUGGUACCGUUAGCAGUGUUGAUAAGUCCUACACGAAUAGCUGAUUGCUACAACAUCGGAGCUAUACAGUCGCAGGAAAUAUACAACCCAAUACAAGCUAAAAAGGAAACGUUUGUAAACAUUCAUUACACACAACUUUUUACAUACAUCACCGAACUUCCACCAAGCGAAUUCUGUACGUACUAUAUGUGUUUGUAGUUAAUAACAAAAAAAAAAGAAGAAAAAAAACGAAAAUGAAGAAAAACCGAAUAUAUAGCUUUGCUGCACUCUUGGUAUAACCAAGCCGAGCUCAUUAAUUUAUGUAUAACGCCGCAUUGAUAAGGUGUUGAUAAAAAUAGUUGCGUGUAAGAAAUAUGUAUAAGUGAUGAAAAAAAAUAGCAAAUAUUUAAGCAUGUACAUGCAUGCAUGGUUUUAUGAUAUUAAUGUUUUAUUGUCCGUAAAAUGUGAGAUCGAUAUUUAUAUUGUUUUUUGUUUGUUUGUUUUUUAAUCCGUUUAAUAGCCGUAACGAUUCCGUGAUAUUUUUAUAACCCUAUACAAUUAGUAAUUGUAUAUAUGUAUGUAUGUAAAUUUGUUUCCUCGAAUAUUUACAUUUUAUAAACUAUAUUUUCCUAAAGUCCACAAAAGUAUAUGUACAUAUAUUUGUACAAUUAUAUUUCUAUACAUACAUAUGUAUUGUUUCCAGUGAUUAAUCUAAAAUUGUUCGUUGAUUAUAUUCAAGAAAUAAGCAUAUUUAUUUGCUUUAUAGUUGUAAUAACAAUUUCGUUAAGCAUUAAAAAGACGAUUUCCUUAUGCAUUUCAUUUAAUUCUUUUAUACUAAUUAAUAAUUUAAUUCUUUUAUACUAAUUAAUAAUUA